CAACCCGUGGGACGCAAUGGAUGAGGGAAGCUCACCGUGGGACGAUGUCCCAUCUCGCAGUCACUCCCACCACAGCCUUGUCAAGGCAGCAGAAGAUGCGCAGGCCACGUCCGAUCCGAUGCCUGCCUCGCCCUCUCUCUCGCAAUCGACUCCGAACAUCGCCGCAGGCGUGAAGCCAGCUCCAUCCAAAUCCCGAACCCCACGCCGACAUGUAGCCCUCGCGCAAUCGACCACACUCGAGAGUCUGGAUGACUCCAUGGGACCGCUAGGUCCUCUAGGCCAAGAGCCUGUUGAAGAGCCAGUCGCGCCUACACCACCAGUGAAAGAGCUCGCGUCCCGCACAAGACAAUCCGCCAGCAGCCGGCCAACCACUUCCGCGUCUGGCUCAUCGCUGCGUGGCCCAGACUACGAUGACGAUGUGGCAUCUUCGCUGUAUGGUGGUCCGCGCAUACCGCCGCCAGUACAGCCUACGGAGUUUGAUGGUCGGGUCAGGCAGGCGCAACCUUCAGUCUCCGUGGAGCAGGCAUCAAAGCCGACAUUUUCAAUAACAGUCGGCGAUCCUCAUACCGUGGGCAAUGCGGCAACAAGUCACACAGUGUACAGUGUCAUCACACGGACUUCCUCAAAGGCGUACAUGAACUCCAGCUUCACCGUGACAAGACGAUACCGGGACUUUCUCUGGCUAUACGAACGAAUGCACGACAACAAUCCAGGUGUGGUGGUACCACCCCCACCAGAAAAGCAAGCGAUGGGUCGCUUUGACAACAACUUCGUGGAGUCAAGAAGAAUGGCAUUGGAGCGUAUGAUAAACAAGAUCGCGGCCCACCCUAUACUGCAAAGCGACGGAGACCUCAAGAUCUUCUUGGAGAGCGAGACAUUCAACGUGGCCAUCAAGCACUCAGGAAAGGAUCCUCUUCUCGGCGGAAGCGAGUCGAAAGGCAUCAUGUCGAGCAUUGGUCUUGGAAGUGUAGGAUCAAGCAACAAGUUCGUCGAGCACGACGACUGGUUCCACGACCGACGGAUCUACUUGGAUGCGUUGGAGAACCAGCUCAAAGCGCUGCAGAAGAGCACAGACACAGUUGUUGCGCAGCGAAAAGGUCUUUCAGAUGCAUGCGGCGACUUCAGCAUUUCUCUACACAACCUCGCAGCCGUCGAGCUCUCUCCUAGCUUAUCCGGACCUCUCGAAUCCCUCGGCGACCUCCAGCUGCGGAUCCAAGAACUGUACCAGCGUCAAGCCAUGCAAGACAUUCUCACCCUCGGCAUCGUGAUCGACGAAUACAUCCGGCUCAUCGGCUCCGUCAAGAAGUCCUUCGAGCAGCGACAGAAAGCCUACCACUCCUGGCACUCGGCGGAGUCAAAACUUCAAGAGAUCAAGAAACAGCAAGACAAACUCCUCAGAGCCGGGCGCUCGCAGCAAGAUCGCAUCGGCCAGAUGCAAGCGGACGUCAACGAUGCGGAGAGGAGAGUUCACGCCAGCCGCUUGCUGUUUGAGGACAUGGGUCGAUUGAUGCGUACGGAAUUGGAUCGUUUCGAGCGGGAGAAAGUGGAAGACUUCAAGAGUGGAGUUGAGACGUUCCUGGAGAGUGCAAUCGAGGCACAGAAAGAGCUCAUCGAACUAUGGGAAACCUACCUCCUCCAACUCGACAGCGACGAGGAUGGCCCGCCACUCAUGCCCGCCGGCGUGGUGGCCGAUCCACAGCCAAAGUCUGAUGCUCAGCUUCGUCGCGAAGCGGCAACUGCUCAGCUCGAUGCAGAGCACGCCGAGAAUGGCUCGCACGACGGGGAUGAAUCGCGGCUUUCUGGGACUACUGUGCAUGAGAGCGAGGGCUUUGGAGCUGACAGCGAGCAGACGAUGCAGGAGGCUCUGCGUAGUUCGCAGGAGAUUGAGUCGUAGAGGCAUUCUACUUGAAUUGGUCGAACAGUUGAGAUAUGAUUGCAGACGCAGGUCGGUGAAUCACUAAAUAGACGAGCCAAACGCCAGAUACAUGACAAAGAAGCACUCAAAAGUC